GUUCAGAGCGCAUAGCACGGGGGGAGAGAGAGAGAGAGAGAGAGAGAGGAAGACCCGUAAAACCUGUGUGCAAGUUCAGCCAAUAACUCAGAUGGCUUACUCAAGAGAAGGAAGGUCUGUUUCACCACGCAAUUCGGGUUCACCUGGUAGGGGCAGGCGGUCAAGAUCCUUGUCACGGUCCCGCAGAAGUCGCUCCAGGAGCAAUGAUUCUGGUGAUGCAUCGAACCCUGGAAACAACUUAUAUGUAACUGGAUUAUCAACCAGGGUUACGAGCAGUGAUCUUGAGAAGUAUUUUAGCAGUGAAGGGAAGGUUUUGGAGUGCCAUCUGGUGACAGAUCCUCGAACUAGAGAAUCUCGUGGAUUUGCUUUUGUUACGAUGGAAACCGUUGAGGAUGCUAACCGUUGCGUCAAGUAUUUGAAUCGUUCGGUGCUUGAAGGACGAGUGGUUACUGUGGAAAAGGCAAGAAGAAAGCGUGGUAGGACACCAACACCUGGCAGGUAUCAGGGACUGAGAGAUAAGCGAGGUCAUGGUCAUGGCCACAGACGGUCCCGCAGCUACUCACCUCGCCGAUGGGAUGACAGAGAUAGGGACCCUUAUUCAAGGGAUCGAAGGGGAAGAUCACGUUCUCCAUAUAAUAGGCGGGGAGAUGGUUAUUAUUAUGAUUCAUAUAAGAGGCGCAAGGAUCGCUCUUUGUCAGCUGACCGCGGCCACCACAGAUAGGGCAAGUCAUUUGGUAGCCAGUAUUAACCACUUUUGCCCUUGGUUAUUGAAGCUUGAUUUUGAUUCUCAUGGAAGCAUUAACUCAUUGUGUCAGUCACCCAUCCCUGCUCCAUCUUUCCUGGUUUGCUUGCAACUUCAUGUACUGUUUACAUUUAAUGGUAACUUGUUUUCCACAAGUGACGCCUGAACAUACUGAAAUGUUGUUAAAAAAACGGUUGUAGGAUAGGAACCAUUUAUCAUUUUCUUUUGAUUUCAAGUAAUAAUGACUGUUGGACGUGGAUAAUCCCCAUACGGUAGACCCAACAAAUUCCAUACAGCUAGACCCAGCAAAUGCCUUUCAUGCUCUAUAAACUUGAUGGAAGUUUGGA